AUGUUAUUUCCUUUUUCCUCAACAGGAUCAUCAAACAACCCUGUCUCUUCAAGUAUGACAAAUACUUCUCAUGUUUUUAAUAAUUUUCAAGCUGAUGGUUCAAGUCAUGGGUUCUUGGGAUUGAAGACAGAAACUCAACAGCCGGUACCAAGAACGUCAUCCGAAAUUAAUAAAGACCUUAGCUCUCAAAGUGCAAGCUUUGCAAUCGGGCCUGAAACUGAGCCAAGAGCGGCCAAAAACAAAGGGGAGAAGAAGAUUAGAAAGCCCAAAUAUGCUUUCCAAACAAGGAGUCAAGUUGAUAUACUUGAUGAUGGUUAUCGGUGGAGGAAGUAUGGUCAAAAGGCAGUGAAGAACAACAAAUUUCCAAGGAGCUAUUAUCGAUGCACGUAUCAAGGGUGCAAUGUAAAGAAGCAAGUCCAACGCCUAACCAAAGACGAAGGAGUUGUAGUGACCACUUACGAAGGAAUGCACAGCCAUCCUAUAGAGAAGCCAAAUGAUAAUUUUGAACAUAUCUUGAGCCAGAUGCAAAUUUACACUCCCUUUUGA